CCCGCCCUUCUCCACCCGCGUCCCGAGCCCCGCGCCCUGCUCCCCUCCCGGUCCGCGCACCCGCCCGGGGUCCCGGGAGGAGGGUCGGGGUCUCACCGUACCCGCCCCCAGGCUCGCACUCGCUGCGUCAUUUCCGCAUCAUCGUGUCCCGGCCCCUCCGUACGUUGCCAUUGGCUACGGGGACAAUUCGCAGUUCGACAGAGAAGCGGAAACUCUGAGAGCCAAGCCUCGGGUUCCAUGGGUAGAGCAUGAGGGGCCGGAGUACUGGGAGCGCCAGACUCGGAUAUUCAAGGAGCACCCACAGAAUUUCCGAACGUGACUUCGGAACCUGCUCCACCUCUACCACCAGAGUCAGGACGGUGAGUGUCUCCCGGGUUGGAGGUCACGACCCUUGACGAUCCCACGGACCGAAUCUCCCCGACCCCAGUGUUCCAAAGUCGUUUCUAAAGAAGCCAAUCAGCGAAAAGGUGGUUGCAAAGUUACACAGUCAACAGGAAGAAAGACCACAGAAAUGAGGACCAGGUCUUCUGCUAUCUGGCUCACGCUGCUGGCCAGCUCCUUAGUUCUGAUCCAGACCCAGGCUAGCUCGCACUCGCUGCGGUAUUUCCACACCAUCGUGUCCCGGCCCGGCCUCGGGGAGCCCCGGUUCAUCGCUGUCGGCUACGUGGACGACACGCAGUUCGUGCGCUUCGACAGCGACGCGGAGACCCCGAGGGUAGAACCGCGGGCGCCUUGGGUCGAGCAGGAGGGGCCGGAGUAUUGGGAGGAGGAGACACGGAAAGCCAGGGACACAGGGAAGAACUUCAAAUUGAACCUUCAGACCCUGCUUGGCUACUACAACCAGAGUGACAAUGACACUCACACGCUACAGUGGAUGUACGGCUGCGACCUGGGGCCGGACGGCCACCUGCUCCGCGGGUACUGUCAGGAGGCCUACGACGGCCGGGACUACAUCGCCCUGAACGAGGACCUGCGCUCCUGGUCCACAAACGACUUGGCCUCACAGAUCUCUAAAAGCAAUUUAGAGGACGUAGACGAGGCUCACCACCAGAAGGCGUACCUGCAGGGCGCGUGCAUUCAGUGGCUCCAGAGAUACUUGGAGUUGGGGAAAGCCACCCUGCUGCGCUCAGAGCCCCCAAAGACACAUGUGACCCAUCACCCCAUACUGAAUGGAGAAGUCACCCUGAGGUGCUGGGCCCUGGGCUUCUACCCUGCUGAGAUCUCCGUGACCUGGCAGAGGGAUGGGGAGGAUCUGAUUCAGGACAUGGAGCUGGUGGAGACCAGACCUUCAGGGGACGGAACCUUCCAGAAGUGGGCAGCUGUGGUGGUGCCUUCUGGGUUGGAGCAGAGAUACACAUGCCAUGUGUACCAUGAGGCCCUGCCUGAGCCCCUCACCCUGAGAUGGGAAACCCCUCAGUCCACUGUCCCCAUCAUGGCAAUCAUUGCUGUUCUGGUUCUCCUUGGAGCUGUGGCCGUUGUUGCUGUGGUGGCUGUUGUGAGGAAGAGGAGGAGAAACAUAGGUGGAAAAGGAGGCUAUUAUGCUCAUGAUUUAGCUUCAGACAACUGCCUCGAGGGACUGAGGAACACGUUCUGACUCAGGAAGAACCAAACGUCUGAAGGUGUUGCUUUCUCCUAAAAGGACAAUGAAGAUCUGGAGUCCACCCCUGCUUACCAGGAUGCUGACCUUUCAGGCACCAACCUUCCUGUUCCCAACAGAACACCUCCAUCCUGCCUGUUCUCUGCUACAGAAUUGCAGCUCCUGACUUCCCACUGAAAAUAAAAAUCUGAUUCCUC